UAUACAGUAUAUUUAUUUCAUGUAUAUCGUUAGAACUAAGAUUAUUGUGCAGUACAUCCCCUGCUACUGGUGGUCUCUCUCAGACACUGUGGUCUCUUAUUGGCUAAUUUACUGGCGCUGAAUUGUCCCAGUGUGGUUACCAAUCAGCAAAUAGUUGAGAUUCUCAGACUUGGUUGCUAGGGUUAACUGCAUUUCUAUUUGUUUCUAAUUAAAUUAGACCCUUCUCAUCUGAAAACUCAGGCGCAUUUCUGAAAAUGCAAGUUGCUGGGUAGUGAGAUUGGACAUUUAAAUUCAGUUGAAGUGGUUCAGAGCUGUUCACUGAAUUCUUUAAUGUAUCUAGUAUUAUGGAGAUCAAGCAGCAGAAAAUCUCUUUGCCUGAGUACACAAAUGUCGAUAGGCAAACGUUUCUACAAGACAUUUAUCCCUUGUUGGUUGAUUUUCAGAGAAAACCAGUUGUUCUGAAAGGUCUGCAUCUUGGAGAUUGCAGCACAAAAUGGACAGUGGAUUAUAUGAGCAAGACAGGAGGAAGCAAAGAAGUGAAAAUCCAUGUAUCUGAAGUCCCUCAAAUGGACUUUAUCAGGAAGAACUUCUUGUACAGAACGCUGCCUUUUGAUACAUUUGUGAAGAGAGCAGCUAAGGAAAAGCACACAGAGUUCUUUAUCUCUGAGAAUGAAAAAUAUUACCUUCGUUCUUUGGGGGAAGAUCCUCGCAAGGAUAUUGCUGAUAUCAGUAAACAGUUUCCACAGCUUGCCACAGAUAUCCAUGUACCAGAGUUCUUCGAGAAGGAUCAGUUUUUCUCCAGCGUCUUCCGCAUCAGCUCUCCAGGCCUUCAGCUUUGGACUCAUUAUGAUGUGAUGGAUAACUUGCUUAUUCAGGUGACUGGGAAGAAGCGAGUUGUGCUAUACAGUCCUCGAGAUGCACCAUAUUUAUAUUUAUCAGGUGACAAAUCUGAAGUCUUAGACGUGGAUAACCCAGAUUUGGUCAAGUAUCCUCUUUUUUCACAUGCCAGGCGAUAUGAGUGUUAUUUGGAAGCAGGAGAUGUCCUGUUUAUUCCAGCCCUUUGGUUUCACAAUACAGUUGCAGAUGGCUUUGGAGUUGGAGUUAAUGUCUUUUGGAAAGACCUGCCUUCUGAGUGCUACGAUAAAACAGACACAUAUGGAAACAAAGAUCCCUGUGCUGCUUCCAGAGCAAUGCAGAUCUUAGAUCGGGCUUUGAAAACACUUGAGGAGCUUCCAGAGGAGUACAAAGACUUCUAUGCAAGGAGAAUGGUUUUGCGCAUCCAGGCAAAAGCUUACAGUGCUAAUUAUGAAUAAAUAUCUGAUAGAAUGUUUUCUGGAUAUGUCUAAUUCCAUUUCAGAGAAAAGGUUAUUCCUUUAGCUAAACAAUGAGACAGAAAAGAGAAAUUACUUGAUUUUAUCACUCACAAGCCACUCCAUCAAACUUACAUAACUCUGGGCGUUUCACCUUGCACCUACCUGAAUAAGAUCAGCUGAAACAUAAUGACUGGAUGCUGGGGAAUUCUCUCCGUUAAACUGAAGAUGCCGCUUGGAUAAGUAUUGGAAUGUUUUAAAGGGGACCCGUCACCCAGAAAAAAAUUAUUCAAAAUCCUAUUUUAUCACAUUAGUCAAGCAAAAUGAACUUUAAUUAUACUAUAUAAAUUAUUUGAAUCUUGUUUCCUUCAGUCCGGGAUUUCAAAAUUAUAGCAAGUAGGCAGCAGCCAUUUUGUGCAGACUGUUAUUAAGGCAAGCCUUGCAUCAUCUCAAAAUCUUGAGAUCAUAGAGGAGGGGCAGACAAUAUUUGAUUGACAGCUGAGAUGUUUAAAUGAACUUACAACUGCCAUGAAUGCUUUAAUAAAAAAUAGAAGUUGGAUUUCAUGUUUAAUUUGAAAAGGACUUUUAUUAUACAGAUUAUGUGUCUGGGUGACGGGUCCACUUUAAGCAAUUCCAUUUGCCUUAGACUUGACACUACUAGAUAUCCUUAUUUCAUUCUUCAUUUAGUUUUUUGGUCAGAUCCAGUGCUGCCCAACUCUAAUAAUACAUUUUUUAACAUUUUC